CGUGACGAGGAUUGUCACAAACAAUAAUGUCAUGUUGUAAAACCCUUGAAUUGGCGCGAAGUCGGCAUGCCGGAUUUCGAUCGCUGAGUACCAUCGCUCGGACAGCUCUUGAUAUUCUUGUCACAUUAUGUGUGUCUGAUUGAAAGCAUGCUGCCCGACAAAUGAAACUUGCACAGUAUACGCUUUAGCUUGGGGCCCAGACAUACUUCUAUUAUCGCGGGCUUCCUCUGCUAUGUUGCCUAUAGUUUAGCAUAUAAAUACUGCUCCCACCACUAGGGAGCCCGAACAAAGAGUCCCAAGGAAAUGGGCUUGCACGUUACAGGCGCUGCUUUUGCAGCCGCUGCGGUUGUGCUUGCCCUGGCAAUGUACAUGGUCCUGCAAAGGCGACGCAAGUCUACGCGGUUGGUAUCAUGGACAUAUAAGAUCGCAUGGGUGCGCUGGAGUGGCGUCGGCGGCUUGGAGCUUCAUCUCGCGAAGGGCCCACUUCAGUCCAUCCGUGUGGGCGCCGUGGAGCUGCUGGCGGCGGCGGCAGCUGCGCCACCUGACACAUCCGACACACCCGACAGCGGCAGCGGCAGCGGCGCAACCAGCAGUGACGUGCGCGGCAGUGCAGGCGGCGCCGACAGCACCUGCGCACCCGCCAUGGCGCCGGUGCCGCUGCCUCGCGCUCUGCUGCGCCUGGCAGCGGCAGCGCUUUGGCGUGGCAGCGGCGGCGUCGGCGGCGGGCGCCUGCAGGCAAUGCGCCUGGUGGUGCGGAACGUGGAGGUGAGGCUGCGGCCUCCGCCACCUCACCCAGCAGCUGCAGCAGCCGGCGGCUGUUGUGGAGUCUCCGGCAGCGGCAGCGGGGACGGCGAUGCAGCAACGGCGCCGGCAGACACCGCAAACGGCAGCGCCCAGGCCCACGCUGCGUCGCCGCCGCCCGCCCACGCCAGUACUCCAGGCACCGCAGCCUCUGCUGCCGGCCUGGCGGCAGCGACGCGGCCGACGCCGCUGCCUCCUCCGCCGCCGCCGAAGCGCAAGCAGAGGCCCCCAGUGCCGCUGCUCCGGCGGCUGGAGCUGCUGUCGCGGGCGGCGGCGGCGGGGUGGCGGCUGCUGUCGGCACUGGAGGUGCGGGUUGAGGGCCUGGCAGUGGAGGGCGGCGGCGGCAGCGGCGGCGGCGGCGGCGGCGGCGGCGGUGGGGCACAGUGGCGGGCGUCCCUGGGGCAGCUGGCACUGGGGGCGCAGGGCAUGGAGGCGGCGGCUGGCGAGCCGGGAGCGGCGGCGGCGGCCAGGGGUGUUGGUGUCACGCUGGCGCAGCUGCGGCUCGAGGCCAGCGCAUGCGGCAGCAGCGCCAGCAGUACCGACUGCAAUGUCGGCAGCGGCGGGAUGCCAGUUGCAGUGCAUGGGAAAGAGCCGGCGCGGGCAGUCGGUAUGCAGGCAGACUGCCGCAGCCGUGGCAGCGGGACCGCCGCCGCCGCCGCGUCAGGUGGCGGCGGCGAUGGCGGUUGCGGCACUGGUGUCGCUGCGUGUGCAGCAGUGGCGCGGGUGCGGCUGGAGCUUACGGCGGGCCGUGGCGGUGCGGCUGCUGGUGCGGGUGCUGGUGCGGGUACCACUGCAGGUGCGGGUGCGGCUGCUGGUGCGGCUGCGGCUGCGGCUGCGGCUGCGGUGCGCGCGCACGUGGCGGUGGAGGGCGUGCGGCUGGCGGCAGGGGCCGCGGGGGCCGGGUGCGGCGGCAGUGCCGGCACCCUGGCCACGGCAGUGGCUGCGGCGUGCCUCUCGGCGGCGCCUGCGGCGAGUGCUGCGGAUGGCGGGAGGCGGGGCGCGGAAAGCCAUGGUGCCAAGGAGCAGGCACUGCCACUGCCACUGCCACUGCCACCGCCACUGCUGCUGGAGCUUGGGACGCAGUCGCCGCUGUCGCUGAGUGUGGAGCUGGGCUCUGCAAGUGGGUCUGCAAUCGGCAGCGCAGCAGCAGCCGCAGCCGGCGGCGCCAGUACCAGCGCCCGCCGCGGCGCGAUCGUCAGUGUGCGGCUGGCGCUGCCGGCGCUGACGGCUGCGCUGCCGCAUGCUCCCGCGCCAGAGCCUGGUGCGGCGGGGCGCCCGCAGCUGUCGUACGCACUGCGGCUGGGCCCCGGCAGCGGCCGCCUGGAGGUGCAGCUGCCGCCGCCGCCGCCGCACCCCUCGCCGUCAUCGGCGUCGGCAGCAGCACUGGGUGCUGCGGACUCAGCCACUACCGCUGCGGCCAGAGAUUCCGCCCCUGGUUCCGUUGAUAGCGCUGUCAAGGCCAGCGGCCUGAGCUGGCGCUUUGGCAGCCGCAGGACCGCCGGCACGGGCCCGGCACCUGCAGACGGCGCAGCCGCCAGCAGCGCCGCCGCCAGUAGCGCUUCCGCCGCCGCCUCGCCUGCUGGCGGGCCGGCGCCUGUGGAGGCUGAGCUUUGCUUGGGUGGGCUGGAGCUGGAGGCGCAGGAGGGGCCGCGGGAGGAGGCUGGCGUGGAAGCGGCCAGCCAAGGAGCGCGCAGCAGCGGUGGCGGCGUGGUCACGCUGCUGGCGCUGCCGCCGGGGGCCACGCUGCGCGCCUCGGCCGGCGAUGCGGCCGCGGCCGCUGCAGCCGUGGCGGCGGCGGCCGCACAGGCGGGCGGUGCUGCUGCAGGUCAGCGGGCGCCUGCCGGCGCAUCCAAGGCCCGGGCAAGGGCGGCCAAGGCGGUUAAGCGGUCGUCGCCCGCUGCGGAGCUCGCGGGUACGGUGGAGGGCCUGCUGCAUCUGCUGCUGCGGCGGCGGCGACAGGGCUCGGGGUCGGGGUCGGGGUCGGCCGGGGGCGGAGAGGCACUGGAAGUGGACGUGUCGGUGGCGGUCGGGCAGCUGCGCCUGUCGCCGUCGCCGCUGCUGCUGGAGCCGCUGCUGGAGGCCGCGGCGGCCGUCACGGCGGCGGCGGCGGCGGCAGCGCGUCCCGCCGGGGCACGGCAGGCAGCGGCGCGCCGUCGGCGGCCGCCGCCUGCAGCGCGUGUUUCAGGUUCGGGGUCGAAAGCCGGGACAGGGCCCCCCAGGUUUGCGCUGCGCAGUGUGGCGGCGGCGUGGGGCGGGCUGCGCUGUGUGGUGGCGUUGGCGGCGGAGGUGGACCCCCGGUACGCCGCCGAAGGCCUGCGGGGGCCGGCGCAGCCGGAGGCGGUUGCAAACGCCAUGUCGGCGCCAGCGCCAGCGCCUGUGUGGGCGGUGCCCACGAUAUUGGACCUGAGCCUCGGCGGCGCCACGGCGGAGGUUUGGCUGGGCGGGCGCAGCAGCACCACGAGCAGCAGCAGCGGCGGCGGCGGUGGCGGCGGUGGCGGCGGUGGUGGCGGCGGCCCUGGAGGCAGUGCGGGGUUCGUGACGCGGGCGAGGCUGUCUGGUCUGGUCCUCACCGCGCGCCGCCUGCCGCCGUGUCGCGUGGCGGACGGCCCGGCGGCGGCGCUGGCGCAGCUGCUGCUGCAGGAGCCCGUGGCGGCGGCAGCGGGGCCGGCGGCGGAGGUGCAGCAGGUGCUGUCGCUGGACGGCGCGGAGGUGCUGCUGGCGGCGGCGCCGGCGCCGGCGGCGGCGGAGGGCGGCGCCGGCCGGCGGCUGAGGCGGCUGACUUUGAGCGGUGCAUGCGCUUUCCUGGAUCCAGACCUGCCGCUGGCGCUGCUGGCGGCGGCGCAGCAGCUGGCAGAGGCAGCCGCGGCGGCGCGCCGCUACCGCAGCCCGGCCGCUGGCGCCCCCGCUGCCGGCACCGGCGGCGCCGCCGGAGCGCAUGGCCCCGCGGCGUCUGUGUCGGGCGGGAGCGGCGGCAGGGCUGGCGGCGGCGCUGAUGCGAGCACGGCGGCGGCGCCUGCGGUGUGGGAGGUGGCGGUGGAGGACGUUGGCGUGCAGCUUGACCUGGGCCCGGCCGGCCUGUUGGGGCUGGGCGUCACGGGGGUGCGCCACUGCGCCGCCCUGGGCGGCACAGCCGUUAGCGGCCUCGCGCUCACCAUGGGCAACCGCAGGCUCCUAGAUGUGGAGCAGCUGCGUGUGGGCACGCCGCCCGCGCCGCCGCCCGACGCAGCCCACGUGGCGACAGCGCAGGUCGGUGGCGCCGCCGCCGCCGCCGCCGGCUCGUACGGCACCAGCGGCGGCCAGCAGCCGGAGCCGCAGCAACCCCACUCUGCUCCAGAGCUGCUGGCGCCCGUGUUCGCACGUCGAUGUCACAGUGGCAGUAGCAGCGUCGGUGGCGGCGGCGCCGCCGCCGCCGCCGCUUCGGAUGGAUCCACCGCCGGUACCGCCUGUCGUGGCGUAGUGCCGCCGGUGGCGCCUCCGGCGUCGGAGUUGGCGGCGUGGCGAGACCUGGGGCCGCUGCCAGCCUGGGUGGCGGAGGACUCGGCGGCGGCGGCGGGCGGCGGCGCCGCCGCGCCCUCGCCCGGCGUUGUGACGCUGAACGAGCUGUUUGAGCCAGUGGUGGGAGGCAUGCGGACGCAGGCAGCGCAGGCGGCGGCGGCGGCGGUGCCGCUGGCCGCAGGAGCAGCAGCCGCCGCCGGUGGUGGUGUUGGCCCUGGGGUGGGUGGCCAGGGGACUGUAGAAGCAGCAGCCGCCUAUGAGGCAAAGACCGCCGAGCUGGCCUCCGCCCGCCGCACCGCCAUGCGCAGCCGCUUCCUCGCGCUCGACUCCCCGGACGUCAUCCAGGCGCGCCGCCGCGCCGCCCUGGCCGGUGCGGCAGGCCUGCCGCCGCCGCGUGUACGGCCGCUGUCCAUCCGGCUGUACGGCAUGCUGGUGACUGUGCCGUACGACGAGGCCAUCAUGCGGGUGGUGGAGACCAUGCAGCUGUGGCGGCGCGGCGUGGCCACGGUCAUCGCGGCACGUGUGGCCGCCAUGCGAGCCGCCGGCCGCGGCCCCACGCCGCCGCCACGGGACGCCGCCGCAGGCGCAGCGGCCUCCCCCGCUCCCGCACCUCCACCCCCACCUCCGCCCCCGCCACCUCCGCCUCCGCCUCCUGAGCCUCAGCCCGCCGUUCUUGAGCUGCUGUUUGACGCCCGCCGCGUGACCGCCGCCAUGGAGGCGCACCCGCUGGAGGCCUGGCUGGGGCUGCACGCGCCGGCGCUGAGGGCGGCGGCCCUGCGCCGGCACCUGGCGGAGCGGGCGGCGGCGCUGCCCCCCGGCUUCGACCCCCGGCCCGGCCAGACCACCGCCCGCACCCGCGACCCCGCACACCCGCACACACAAGCCGCGGCGGUGGCCGGUGCCGCGCCGGCUGCUGCUGCGGGUGCUGGAGCGGCGAUGACGGCGAUGGCGGCGAUGGCGGCGGCGGCGGCGGCGGCGGCCCCGACGGCCGUCACGGACAGCGCGCAGCUGCACACGACGUGGCGGAAGGCCGCCGUGGAAGCUGCUGCCGACUACGUGCGGGCCGCCCGCGGCAUUGCGGCGGCGGCGGCAGACGCCAGCGCCGCCGCGCCGCACGGCCGCCUGCCGCACGCCGCGGCGGCGGGCGCCGGCGGCAGGGGCGGCGCGGCGGAGCGGGCGGGCACUGAGCCGGGCCUGAUUGCGCCCUGGGCGGCGCGGCGGCGGCAGCUGGGGGGAUUGCCGGGCGGGGCGCUGCUGCACCUGACGGCGCCAGAGGUGCAGGUGGCGCUGAUGCUGGCGCCCCCCGCCAGCCCCUGGGGCUCCGCGGUGGGCAUGGAGGCCGUGUACCGGCUGGACGGCCCCGCGUUGGCGGCGGCACACGGCGGCGGCGGCGGCGGAGGAGGAGGAGGAGGAGGAGGAGGAGGAGGAGGAGGAGGAGGAGGAGGAGGAGGAGGUGGCACGGACUCGCACAUAGAGGCGUCGGCCGGCGCUGGUGCUGGAAGUACUGCUGCUAGUAGCAGUGCUGGUGGCGGUGGCGGUGGCGGUGGUGAGCGGCCGCUGUGGUUCCGGGUGCUGCCCGCCAGCCUGGACUGCUGGGCGCGACAGCUGGAGUUCCGGCUGUCGGGCUGCGGCCAGGGCGCCGCCGCGCCGCCCCUCAUCUCGGUGGACGGCGCGGCCAUUGGCGGCUGGGUGGUCCGGGCGAGGCAGCGCACAGCGGGCGAGGCGCAGACGCCGGCACGGCUGUGGCCUGUGGGUCGCGCCCACGCCGCGCCUGUGGCCACCUGGUCGCGCUGGAGCCGGCCCAACAUGAAGAGCUACACCGAGCUGCGGGGGCAGGCUGCGGGCAUACGUGUGGCUGUGAGUAGCGCCAUGGAGCCCGCCAUUGUGGGGGUGGUGCAGUGCAUCAUCCGCCGGCUGCUGCCGCCCGCGCCCUUCGCGCUGUCGCCCGCCGGCGCCGUGGAGCCGCUGCAGCCGGGCGCCUGGAGCCUUUGGGACAUCAACACCUACUUCUGGAGGGGCAGCCUGCAGUUGGCCCUGCGGGACAUCGCCAUCGCCGCGGCGGCGCCCGGCGGCGCCCACCCCCUGCUGCCCGGCCCCGUCACGCCCGCCUGCCCGCGACUGCUGCUGGCCGCGGACGCAUUCAGCUUCGCCUCCCUGCCCGGGGCCCCCGGCGGACCCGGCAGCGGACCCGGACCCGGGACUGGGGCUGGGGCCGGCAGCGGCGCGGGAGCGGCGGCGGCGGCGGCGGCGGCAGGGUCUCCUGCGGCGGCGGCGGCGCAGAGCGGGAGUUGGCUGGCGAUGCAUAUGGCGGUGGCGGCGGCGGGGCUGCGCGCGGCGGCGCUGGCGGUGGCGCCGGGGCGGGGGCCGGGCUCCCCUCUGGUGGGUGUGCCUCUGCUGGAGGCGCCCGCGCUGGCGCUCACGGCGCACGUGCGCACCCGCCGCAUCGCGCCCGGCGCCCCCUACGUGUUCGAGUGGCGGCGGCGCCAGCCGCCGGAGGACGAGAUCGAGACGCCGCUCAACGUGGGCCGCCUCAUGUCCACCACCCGCUGGACCGCCGAGUUGGAUGUCUCAGCCGGCCCCGACCCCGCCGCCAGGCCACACGCCCAGCCGCCACAGGCGCCGCCGCACACCCCGCCCCUGCCCGCGGCGCGGUCAGCAGCACAGGGUGUACACAGCGUGGCGGCGGCGGCGGCGCUGCCGCCGUCGUCGUACGCGGCCCUGGGACAGGACCUGGCGGCGGCGGAGGACGGCGAGGAGGGCGGCGUGGCGGAUGGCGGGCUGGCGGGUAGCCGGCCGCAGAUGAGGCUGUACUGGGGCGAGAUGCAGGCGUACGCGCUGCGCGCGGCUGUGGCGGAGCUGGGCGGCGGCGCGCCCAUCACCACGCGGCGCGCAGGCGGCCGCACGCCCUUCUACGCCACCCGGCAGGUGCCGCUGCCCAGGCCGCCGCCACCGGGCGGCCCCGGCUCGGGCGGCCUGGCGGGUGCGGAGCUGCGGCUGUCCCUGGAGGGGGUGGACCUGGCACAUGAUGCACAGGACGCGGCGGACCCUUGUGACGGCCUGACGUGCCGCCUGGCGGGGCUGUACCUGGGGGCAGAGCUCAGGAGGCCGCAGCCGCUGGCCCCGCUGGUCAUGUCGGGUCUGUACCUGGGCUGUGCGGCCGCCGACGUAUUCGCCAGGCCGCCGCCGCCGCCGCCGCCGCCCAGCCACAACAGCCAGACCGGCCAACGCCAGAUGGGCGGCGGCGGUCGCAGCCAGGUGCCACAAAGGCAGCAGCAGCAGCAGCAGCAGCCGCAGCAGCAGCCGCAACAGCAGCAGCAGCAAGCUUAUCAGCAGCAGCAGCAGACGGCGCUGUCGCUGCCGCUGUUCCCGCCGGACGCGGUGGCGGGCGCGUGUGCGGUGCCGGCGUUCGGGCGCGGGCGGCUGCUGGCGGUGCGCGGCGUGUGGCUGACGCGGGGCGGCCGGGCACCGCGCACCCGCGCCCGCGGCGGCAGUGCCGGCAGCGGCACCCCCGCCGCUGCUGGCUCCGCCGCUGCGGCCCCCGUGGGGCGACACCUCCGUGUGCUCGUGGAGUCCGUGCGGGUGCUGCUGGUGCCGUACAACCGCAACGUGGCCUUCUCGGCCGCAGUACACACCGUGCAGAUGCUGCUAGCUCGCCUGCCGCCGCCCAUGCCGCACCGGCCGCCUCAAGACAGCUGCGCACUGGUGCACUGCCACUGUGCCGACGUCGCCGCAGCCGCCGCCGCAGCCGCCGCAGCCGCAGCCCACGCGCAACCCGGCGCCGCCGCGGCGGCGGCUGCAACGCCCUCUGCGGCGGCGGCCCGCGCCCGCGGCCCCCACCUCACCGCCGCAUCGCUGCCGCCCUCACACACGAACAGUAGUGUGUUUGGCGCCACGGAGGAUGCCAGUCUCCAUGGCGGCCCGACACCCUCAGUCUCUGCGACUGGCACCUCGGCCUUUGCUGCUGCGGCAGCGGCUGGCGCUGCUGCUGCUGCGGCGGCUGGUACUGCUGCGAGUGCGGCUGAGGAGGUGUUUUGGGAGGUGGCUGUGAAAACCGUGCAGGUGUGCCACGUCACGCGGCGCGCCGCAUUGCCCUCCGUGGCCGCCGCCGACGCCGCCGCCGCCGCUGCGCCCGGCGGCGCCGCAGCGGGCGCAGUCGCUGCGCCGCCAGCCUCCAGCGGCCCGCGGCCCGGCGCUGUCCCGGCGGCGGGGGCGGGUGGGCUGCCGGCUGCGGCGGUGGCGGCGGCGGCGGCCAGGGCGGCGGCGGCGGGUGUGGCUGCGGCGCCACUCGCGUCCGAUCCACCCGAUGCAGUGCUGCAGGCGCUGGUGGUGGUUCGCGGCGCGGCGGCGCUGGCCCGGCGGAGCCCCACGGGUCGGUCGCACGUGGGCGGUGCCGUGGAGACGGUCAAGCUGUUCUCGAUGGAGCACGCCGUGUCGGGCCGCGACGGCCGCCCGCGAGUGCUGUGGGCGCGGCACAGCCCCAGGCCCCAGGAGACGGAGGCCCCAGAUCUGCGCCCCAGCACCGCCGCAGCCGCCAUGGAGGCAGCCGCCGCCGCCGCCACCGCCACCGCCACCGCCACCUCCUCAACCGCAGGAGCCACAAGCGGCAGCGCCACACCGGCAGUAGCAGGAGGAGGAGGAGCAGCAGCAGCAGCAGUAGCAGCCUCGCCCGCCGCCACCGGGCCGCGCGCCUCGCCGCACCAGCAUCAGCACGUGGUGCGAAUGCGGGAGAUGGUCCGUGUCACAAACCCACACGCCGACUUCUCCCGCCCGCCGCCCCCGCCGCCCCCGCCUCCCCCGCUGUACGACGGCACUGACGCCGCCGACGCCACUGGCGACGAGGGGGGUGCGGGUGGGGCUGAGGGCGGGGCGGGGCCAGUGGCGGACGUCCCUCUGGCGCACGGCAUGGCUGUGGCGGUGUGUGUGCCGGGGGUGUACGGCCAGGCGGACCGCGAGCAGCUGCAGCUGCUGGCGGACGGGCUGGCGCUGGCCAUGGCGGCACCGCUGCCGCCGCUGCGGGUGCUGACGGGCGGUGUGGGUGUGCGGCUGCCGGCGCCCGACUACUUCGAUGACGUGGCGGAGGGCGAGCUGCGGGGGCAGCUGGCGGCGCUCAGGAAUGAGCUGGCGGCGGCGGAGGCGCAGGUGGCUGUGCGCUACGUGGGCCGCGGGGCGGCGGCGGGCGAGAACAUCAUGUGGGCGCUGCGGGCGGCGCAGCACGAGCAGGCGGCCGCGGCGGCGCUGUCACGGGGCCGCCAGCACUACCUGUACGGCCACGGCCACGGGUGCGGGUGCGGGUACGGCAGGAUGGGGCAGCCGCACGGCGGUGGCGCUGCUGCCGCCACGGCGGCGCUGGCGGCUGCGGAGGAGCUGGCGGCGCUGGCGGCUCUGGCGAGCUGGGCGGGCGUGGAGGCGGAGCGGCUGGCUGGGUGUCUGGAGGCCCCCGCGGCGGCGCUGUUGGAGCUGGGCGCGGCGGCGGACGGGCUGCGGGCGGCGGCGCUGCGGCGGCGGCCCGCCGGCCUGAGCCUGCGGCUGCUGCUGGGGCCGCUGCUGUACCGCGCAGUGGACGAGCGGGGGCGGCCCUUCGCCGAGCUGUCCCUGGCCUCGCUGUCGCUGCUGCACUCGCUGGAUCGCGACUUCCGCGGCGCCAGCGCUCUGGACCUGCGGGCGCGGCUGGAGGACGGCGUGGUGCUGAGGCACCUGCUGGCACCACACGCACACACACGCGGAGGCGGAGGCAAGAGCAUGGGUGGCGGCGGCGGUGGUGGCGGUGGUCUCGGGGUGGAUGUCUCGGCGGCGGCGGGUCAGCAGCAGCAGGUGGGUGCGCCGAUGUCGGCGCGGACCAGUGUGGACGGCGGCGACGGCGUGGGCGGGGCGAUGCUGGACGCGGCGGCGGAGCUCAAGUCCCGCGUGGCGGCGGUGGCGGAGGCGGGCCGAGACCGCGCGAGGGAGGUGGUGGCGGCGCAGGUGGCGGCGGCGCGCAAGGGCAGGAUGCUGAGGGCACUGCGGCGCACCUUCGGAUGCAGUGGCGGCGGCGGCGGCGGCGACCCAGCGAUGUCGUACGGCCGGGCGACGGCUGCCGCCGCCGACGAGGACGCCGAGGUGGCGGCGGCGCAGUUACGCGGCGGCGGCAGCGGCCGCCUCGGCGGCGCCUCCUCUGGGCGGUCCACCGCCUCUGCAUUCAUGCCGCGCGCUCCAGCCUCCGCCGCCGCCGCUGAGGCCUAUGGUGCCGACGCCGGUGCGGCGGCGGCGGCGGCGACACCCCACGCCUUGCAUGCCGCCGUCGGCGUGUGGACGCUGGACGAGCUCGUGGCGGCGGCAACCGCCGCUCCAACCGACAACGACGUCGGCGCCGCCGCCGCCGCCGCCGCCGCCGCCGGCAACGGUGACAGCAGCACCGGCAGUAUCCUGGGUGUGUGGCGGGAGACGGCGCUGGCCCUGGCCAUUGAGCGCGAGGAGCGGGCACGGAGCCACGCAGCGGCAGCCGCGGGUGCGGGUGCGGGUGCGGGUGCGGGCGUGGCAGGCGCCGACGCCAGCGCCGCGGCGGCGAGCCCGCUGGCGCCUCAGUGGGCGGAGGCGGAGAGCCGUGUGGCUGUGGCCCUGGAGCGGGUGCAGAGGGCCCAGGCGGUCUGGUUCAGCCAGCCGGACCACCCGGCCGUUACGCCGCUGCCGGCGGCGGCGGCGGCGGCGGCGGCGGCGGCGGCGGCGGCAGCCGCUGAGGCGACGCCAGCGGCGGCAGUGCCGGCGGUGGGGGCGGGCUUCCUGCUGGGCGGCGUCGGCGGCAGCGCCGGCGCUGCGUCGCUGCUGGGGUCUCCGUCCGGCCGGCCGCCGCCGCACUGGGUGGGCACACUCCGUCGCGGACACUCCCUGGAGCCAGCCGCCGCCUUCACUGCCUCCGCCGCCGCACUGCCGCACCCCACCCCCGUCUCCGCCAGCGGCGCCGCACUGCCGCCGCUGCCGCGGCCGCCCGCGCCGCCGCCGCCUGCGGCGGUGGCUGCGGUGCUGGAGGCGGGCGCGGACCCGGGGCUGCUGCUGAGUGUGUUGAUCGCGCACGGCGGGCUGCAGCAGCAAGCCAAGGUGGUCGACAAGGUCAAGGUGACGCUGCACCCGCUCACCAUCGACCUGGACGACGCCACCGCCAAGAAGCUGGCGGCCUACGCGCGGCUAUCCCUGCCGCCCAGCGCGUGCCGCCGCCGCUGCUACAGCCGCAGCCGCCGCAGCCGGCGGCGCAGCAGCAGCCGCAGGCCCCAGCAGGCAUUUCGGGGCGCCGCCGCGGGGGAAGCCCCCGGCCCGCCCUCCUCCUGGCUCGCCUCCAUCUUCACCUCCGCCCGCAACAAGAUGCACCCCCACCACCACCACCACCCGCCGCCGCCAGCCGUGCCGGCGCCUCCUCCUCCUCCCCCUCCACCGCCUCCGCCUCCUCCCCUACCCGCCAUGGACGGAGCCUACGCCCGCUGCGGACAGGACCUCAUGCGCACCGCCCCCGACGGCCGGCCCCUGACGCUGAUAGACGUCGGCGGCUGGCUGCUGCCGCACCCCGUGGGCCGGCCGCCCGAGGGCACCGCGGCUGUGUCCACACCCGCCGGCGCUGCCGCGGGCGGUGCCGGUGCGGGCGUGGGUGCGGCCGGCACCGGCACCGGCACUGGGUUGUUCGGUGCGGUGGCGGCGGCACCGGCGGCGGGUGGCGGCGGCGCUGCCAGCGCGGGUGGUGACGCCGGUGCGGGAGCUGGUGCGGGUGACGGCGCCAACAGCAGCGGGGGCGGAGGCGCUGGGCGCACCACGCUGUAUAAAUACGUGCGCUUUGAACGCCUGCACGCCCGGCUGACCUACACCUCGCCGCGUGUGUGGAUCACGGGGUGGGAGGUGGUGCUGGACGGCGACACACAGCGCGGCGUCAGCAGCGUGGGCGACAUCGUGAAGCGCUACUCCUACCGCACCAAGCUCAGUGUGGGCAAGUACAUGCUCAACCUGCAGGCCUCCAAGGUCAAGCGCCUGCGCAACAUGCGGCUGCGCAACAACCGCGAGCUCAAGGCCUACGCUGCCGAGAUGGGCAUCACAGUGGAUGAGAUGCGGCCCGGAGGCCUGCUGGCCAGGCAGCGCCAGCAGCAGCAGCAGCAGGGCAGCCGCAUGCAGGUCGGUGCGGGCGGGGGCCGCGGCCGCGGCAGUGUGCAUUUCGAGCGGGAGGUGGCUGCUGUCAGCGGGUCGGGCGUGCCGGCGUCUGCCGCGGCCGCGGUCUCUGUGGGGGCGGCUGCUGGUGAGGAGGAGGACGAGGAGGAGGACGACGACUGGGGUGAUGGGUGGGAGCUGCCAGGCGAGAGUGACGUGUAUGUGUAUGCGCCCGGCGGAGCUGGAGGUGGAGCGGGAGGGGACCGCAGCGGUCAGGCGCUGGCGCGUGGGGGUGGCACGGGCGGCAGUGGGGCACUGUCGCCAGCGCACCAGCCAGCGGGCAGUGGUGGUGGCGGCAGUGGUGCAGCCGGUGCGGGUGCCUCGGGCUCGGUGGCGGGCGGUGCGCUGCCGCCAGCGCCGCCCAUGCCGCGCGCGACGCCCGGGCAAGGUUUGGGCAGAGGUCGCGUGGCGGCGGCCUGAGGCAGUCGGGUGUGUAGGCGGCUGCGGCGUACCCAGUUGUGGAACAGUUUUGAGCACGGUAGUAGGGGUGCUGGAUGAGUCAGGCUGCGUGCGCACUGUCAGAACACAGCGGCACCGGGGGUAGCUGAGCUUUUGAUAGCAGAGGCUGCAGACAACUUAUCAUGGACAUACUAACGAUGUGAGGUGGCAUGUGAGGUGCGGCGUGCGGAAUGUGCUUGACACAACAGGGUUGCUGACACCGUGAAGCCCCGGAAGUGCGGUGGCGCGUGGGAUGGGAUGCGGCGCAGACGGGCCGGGUCGCCGCGUGAUGCGGGGGGGGGGGGCCUGCGCAUCCGACGCUGCAGUCAGCGCGCGUGUGCAUGGGUAUUGCAGGGGGAGAUGCACGCACCGGGCCCAUCGGGCAGUCGCAGCAGCGGCAGUGGAGGCAGUGCGCUGUUGGGAGGUCACCGAAUGCGAGCACGCUGUGUGUGUGUGUGUGUGUGUGUGUAUAUGAUGUAAGCGUCCCCGCCG